GUCGGGCUCUAUUGUUCGCAAGUCUUAGAAAGCCAGCAUUAGACAAUAGGGUCGACAUUGGGAUGCAAAUUCGUCUAUUACACCAUGACCAUGUUGUUGUGAGCGUUUGAAUGUCGACGGUUUCUUUCUUUCUUCAUCAAGAAGUCUUGCGCUAAAACUAGCCGUUCUUUUUUUUCUGUAAGAUUCGAAUUUUUGGAUUGAUCAACAUAAUUCGAGGAGAGCUUCGAGCAUGUUGCUACAUUAGUCUUGACAGGAUUACGCUUUUUAUUUGCUUCAUUUUUCUGAGUACACAAGGGCCAGUAAAAUACUUGAAAGCGACAUUCCUCCCUGAAGAAUAUGUCCCUAAAGUUCUUGAAAGAUAACGCGUUUGUUUGAUAUGUCGAGUCUGAUAAAGUAACAAGGCAUUCUACUUCGAGAAAAGUGUUUUUGCAGUCUGUGUAUUUGUGGCGGUUGUAAACAUGCCGGCCAGGAGGCGCUCAUCGCCCUCACGGCGUACUCAAGAAGAGAGAACUCUCGCCCACUACCUCGACACACCGGACAUGGAUGACCACAGUGGACCUGCCGCAUUUGCUCGAACGACCAAAGGCUUCUCCAGGCGUCAGAGAGCACAAGAGCUUUCCAUGCGAAUUGCCAACGCACAGGAGAAUAAACAGAACAUUGCUACAAGUCUUGUGAACACUGCGCUACUCACUGCAAACGCUUCUCAGCUCAAGUGCAUCCUCAGGAGACAAAAGCAAGGCGAAGUGGAUUUCUACUACUUCCUAGUAACAUGUCUCAUCGCAUCUAUUGCUCUACAGAUCGUCUCUUCGUUGCUGCUUUACCUGGCGAGCAAAUUGGAUGUGACGGAUGAACGGAACGAGAAGCGGUUCGUAAUGUACAAUACUGUUUCUACGCUGAUGGUGAUGGCCUAUAAGGUUUUAAACGUCCUCGUGGCAGUUUUUCAAACAGAUUAGAAUAGACAAGACAUUCUAUGGACGUUUUAAGUUAUGUUCAAAUGAAUCAAAAAAAUGCGCCUAAAAUCUCCGUGUUACAUUCCCAGAAAUAAGGGACAUUAGCCAGCGGUUUCUCUGGGCUCACAUUUUGCUAGGCCCGCGAGAAAUAACAGCGGUAUCACAAAUAAAAACGAGAUUCCGGCCAGCACAGGGGCUUCCCUUUUGUUGUUACACUAGAAGUUUUUUAGUCGGGUUGACUAAAAUUCCAAAUAAAAGUAGUAUUAGCGGUAUUUAAACGUGCAAGGGGCAUCUCUGAUUUGAUACGUCCAAUGAUAAUGGAAGUGCGGCAGUCUUGCUGAGGUUGGAAAACAUCAUAUGCGCAAAUUUAAAAAAAUAUAUUUUUUAGAAGGGCUUUAUGGUUCCCCUGUGUCUAUCCCAGAAAGCCGUGGGGCCGUUUAAAAACAAAAUGGAGAACGGACGAACGGAGAGAAGUUGUUCUUGCGGAGCGCACCGUUUUCCUUGCUUCAGUCUGUAUCUUAAAGACAACAAUAAUGGUUCCUGAACUAGGCAUAAAUACAUCAAAUGUUAUUUCUUCGGGAACAAGAUUGGAAGGCGCUACUGCCUAUUUUAUUGGCCAAUUUGAUGGAAGGAUAGUCGAUUUACCAAUUUCGAGUCCUGCACCUGUGAUGCGGCGAACAGUUCUACCUUUAAAACGACUACUUUUAUGCCCGAUUUCAAUGAAGUUACAGAGAAUGUAUGGAGGAUUGUAUGCUCUCAAGCGAACAAAAGUGCAAUGUCCAAGGAACAAUUAUAGGGCUUUCUCUGGCAUCGUUUGAACGGAAAGUGUAUCACUCGAAUGGCAAGGGUCAUUUUUCGAGUCCUGCAUCGUGAGCCCAAAAUCUCUAAAACGAGAAAAUUUGAUAAAUUGUGAUGUCUCCCCACAUUUCCUUAUAAUAAAUGGCAGCCAUUUUGACAUUGUAUGUGCACUAUUACGCAUGCGUGGCGGCCAUGUUGUCUCUUAUUUCUGGGAAUAAACGAGUACAAACGCUAUAAGUUGCGCCUUCUCACCCACAUUAGGCGAACACCCUUCUCUUUCCUAUAAGAACACCUUUCUCAACCCCAUUAGAACACCCUCUCUCCCCCAUUAGAACACCCUUCUUUCACCCAUUAGAACACCCUUAUCAUCGCCAUGAGAGGUACACCCUUAUAACCCCCAUUAGAGCUACGCCCUUAAUCACCCCAUAAGAUGUACACCCUCAUCACCCCUAUGAGAGGUACACCCUCAUCACCCCCAUGAGAGUUACACCCUUAUCACCCCUAUGAGAGUUACACCCUGAUCCUCCCCAUGAGAGGUACACCCUUAUCGCCCCAUGAGAGGUACACCCUUAUCACCCCCAUGAGAUGUACACCAUUAUCAGCCCCAUUAGAGGUACACCCUCAUCACCCCCAUUAGAGGAACACCCUUAUCACCCCCAUUAGAGGAACACCCUUAUCACCCCCAUGAGAGGUACACACUUAUCACCCCCAUGAGAGGUACACCCUUAUCAUCCCCAUGAGAGGUACACCUUUAUCACCCCCAUGAGAGGUACACCCUUAUCACCCCCAUGAGAGGUACGCCCUUAAUCACCCCAUAAGAUGUACACCCUCAUCACCCCUAUGAGAGGUACACCCUCAUCACCCCCAUGAGAGUUACACCCUUAUCACCCCUAUGAGAGUUACACCCUGAUCCUCCCCAUGAGAGGUACACCCUUAUCUCCCCAUGAGAGGUACACCCUUAUCACCCCCAUGAGAUGUACACCAUUAUCAGCCCCAUUAGAGGUACACCCUCAUCAUCCCCAUUAGAGGAACACCCUUAUCACCCCCAUUAGAGGAACACCCUUAUCACCCCCAUGAGAGGUACACACUUAUCACCCCCAUGAGAGGUACACCCUUAUCAUCCCCAUGAGAGGUACACCUUUAUCACCCCCAUGAGAGGUACACCCUUAUCACCCCCAUGAGAGGUACACCCUUAUCACCCCAUAAGAGGUACACCCUUAUCACCCCCAUGAGAGGUACACCCUUAUCGCCCCCAUGAGAGGUACACCCUUAUCACCCCAUAAGAGGUACACCCUUAUCACCCCCAUAAGAGGUACACCCUUAUCACCCCCAUGAGAGGUACACCCUUAUCACCCCCAUCAGAGGUACACCCUUAUCACCCCCAUCAGAGGUACACCCUUAUCGCCCCCAUGAGAGGUACACCCUUAUCACCCCCAUUAGAGGUACACCCUUAUCACCCCCAUUAGAGGUACACCCUUAUCACCCCCAUGAGUGGUACACCCUUAUCACCCCCAUUAGAGGUACACCCUUAUCACCCCCAUGAGAGGUACACCCUCAUCACCCCCAUGAGAGGUACACCCUUACCACCCCCAUGAGAGGUACACCCUUAUCACCCCCAUUAGAGGUACACCCUUAUCAGCCCCAUCAGAGGUACACCCUUAUCACCCCCAUUAGAGGUACACCCUUAUCACCCCCAUUAGAGGUACACCCUUAUCACCCCCAUUAGAGAUACACCCUUAUCACCCCCAUUAGAGGUACACCCUUAUCACCCCCAUUAGAGGUACACCCUAAUCACCCCCAUGAGAGGUGCACCCUCAUCACACCCAUGAGAGUUACACCCUGAUCAUCUCCAUGAGAGGUACACCCUUAUCGCCCCCAUGAGAGGUACACCCUUAUCACCCCCAUGAGAGGUACACCCUUAUCGCCCCCAUGAGAGGUACACCCUUAUCACCCCCAUGAGAGCUACACCCUUUUCACCCCCAUGAGAGGUACACCCUUAUCACCCCCAUGAGAGGUACACCCUUAUCACCCCCAUGAGAGGUACACCCUUAUCACCCCCAUGAGAGGUACACCCUUAUCGCCCCCAUGAGAGGUACACCCUUAUCACCCCCAUGAGAGGUACACCCUUAUCACCCCCAUGAGAGGUACACCCUUAUCACCCCCAUGAGAGGUACACCCUUAUCGCCCCCAUGAGAGGUACACCCUUUUCACCCCCAUGAGAGGUACACCCUUAUCAGCCCCAUGAGAGGUACACCCUUAUCACCAACAUGAGAGGUACACCCUUAUCACCCCCAUGAAAGGUACACCCUUACCACCCCAUUAGAGGAACACCCUUAUCACCCCCAUGAGAGGUACACCCUUAAAACCCCCAUGAGAUGUACACCCUUAUCACCCCCAUUAGAGGUACACCCUUAUCACCCCCAUGAGAGGUACACCCUUAUCACCCCCAUUAGAGGUACACCCUUAUCACCUCCAUUAGAGGCACACCCUUAUCACCCCCAUGAGAGGUACACCCUUAUCACCCCCAUGAGAGGUACACCCUUAUCACCCCCAUGAGAGGUACACCCUUAUCACCCCCAUGAGAGGUACACCCUUAUCACCCCCAUGAGAGGUACACCCUUAUCACCCCCAUAAGAGGUACACCCUUAUCACCCCCAUGAGAGGUACACCCUUAUCACCCGCAUAAUAGGAACACCCUUAUCAUCCCCUAGAGAGAUAUCGCCGACAUCGUCUUCGUGCGCGAGUAAAUACUUUUUCAAUCAAAACUUCAAACGUUUUAAUAAUCAUUUAUCUAUUGAUUGAUUUCAAGAGAGAUCAGGCGUACAAUCUAUUUGGUGCAAAAUAAAGUAAAAACCAUAAGAUUAAACCAUGCUGCUACAAAAA